AUGGCAAUGGCGCUGCUGAAUUUGAUUCGUCAUGCGGAGCGAUAUGCAGACAAGUCGAUCACCUACUUGGCGCCCGACGGCAAGGACCGUGCCCAGUACAUCGCCCGUUGUGCUACAGGAAAGGCGCCAACUUUGAUGUUCCCACGGCCGCCCUCGGCUCUGUUGGCAGGGAGAAGGCAAGAAGUCACGGGGCACAACUCCACACGGCCUUGGGAGACUUUGCACCCCUUGGCAAUGAAGUCCGGACUUCGACUUGACAAUCACGUCGACUUCCAGGAUGUCUCGGGCUUCGAGGCCUACUUGAAGACCCUUCCGAGCGGAAGCAGCGUCUUGGUUGCCUGGGAGCACAAGAUGAUGGGGGAGCUGGCCAGGGCUGUGGAUCCACAGGGCCUCGCACCUUCAAAGUACCCGGAGCAUUGCGACUCAGAGUGGAGAGAGCCUGAGUAUACCAUGGGUGCCUGCUACGACGUGAUCUGGCAGUUCGUCUUGUAUCGCAGCCAUUCCGGAGAGAGCUGGCGGGCCAAAGCCUUUUCUCAUCUGCACAUGGGCUUUGCGGGUAAAGGCUCCAAAUGCUCCGAAGCUUUCGAGCCCUUCUCCAAUCCCAGCAGCUGGCCUCAGCUCAUUCAGGAAGGCGCUUCGGUUGUUUCGGUUACACCUGGGAUGAUCCCAGCCUGUGCCCUUGGCUUCUGCUCCCUCCUCUUCCUCGUGCUUGGUCGCCUACACGCACUUCUCCCCGACACCCAAAGUACCCGUCUUGGGGGAAAGGAGCCGCUCCUGGAGAGCCCUGAGACUUACAUCCUGGUCUGCUGA